AUGUCUCCUAGUCCUGCCCAGCAGACUUCGAGUAUGACAGCUACUACUACUACGUCCAACAACAACAGGGUUAUGCCUCGUGCCCCCUCGAGUAGCCCGUGGUCCGCUGCUGCUGGUGGAGGAGGGGCCUGGGGAUCGGACACUAUGUCUGCUCAACAGCUGAUGGCUGUGGGAGCUGAUAUCAGUGGGGAGAAUCUAGCAAAACUAAUGGCGUUUGAGAAGAACAAGGAUGAGAAGAGCGCUCGUGGUAUGUUGGUCGCUCUUUCGGACCCCGACCUCGCUGAACUGAAGAUGCGUGCUGUGAACUCCUUGGAGUCUGUGGUGAAAGACACAUCUCAGGUUCAUGCACGUAUGAUGAAGUUGGAAAGCAGCAUCAAGGCUCUGGCGGCUGAGGCUAAGUCCCAACAAAAGGAGCAUGAACAAUCUGCUGCUCGGGCUACCACGGCUAAGUCGACUACUGCUGCUGCUGCUGGACACAGCAGUAAGAGAAGUGCUAGUCGCUCUAUCGGCCCUAGUAUCGGUAGCAAGUUGAAGGACUUGCAGUUGGAAUUCUCCAAGUUGGGAAAGAAAAAAGCUGACUGCAUUGCUCACACUAAAGCUCUCGAGAUUGCCAAGGUUACUGUUGAGGAAGAGUUGGAUUGUCGGGAUACGUGUGCGUCAUUGAAACUGCCCCGUGGUCGUUAUGAGGAGAUGAGGCUAGUCAUUCCGGCGGAAAAAGUGCAGCGUUCUCGAGGACGUAACGGUGCGAACUUUCGUCGUCUAGCGAACCAGUUUGGAGUGUUGGUGGACGAAGUAGAGCAGCAGCCUCAGCAGCAGUACUCUCAGAGCGAUGCUACUGGUGGGAGUGGUGAUGAGGGAGGGCCGCUCAUAGUGAAGAUAAGAGGAGAGAAGAAGAGGGUAGCUGAUUGCUAUGCUGAGCUCAAGCAUGAAGUUUGUGAAGAGAUUCGGUACUACCGUGAUUUGGACAAUACCCAGCUGCAAGCUAUGGCCUUCUUCGCUAAGUACAUCGAGAAAGAGAUAGAGGAGCGGUAUGAAUGGGUUAGUUGUCGACUAGUAGUGAUGUUCAAGGAAAAGCAGGUUUUGAUGAAGCUAGCUGAUAUGGGCUCUGAUGAUAAGCAAAAGGCUUCUAGUGGAAGAACGGACUCAAAAUUGCGUAACGUGUUUGAUAGAGUGAAGAGAGCCAUCGCAGAUCGGCUGAACGGUUAUUCCACUGUCGAGCUCACAGCUAGAAACCAGGCUAGUGUCAUUAUCGGUAGAGGCGGGCAGAACAUCGAGAAGCUCAGGGUGGAGACUGGUUGUUUCCUAUACAUUGAGAAUCCCUCUGGAGUGUCGACUCGACAGUCCUCUCCAAGCGGUGAAAGUGGUGAUGCUAUGAAUGAGGCACAAUACGGGUCGUUGAGGAUUAUUGGGAAGAAGAAAGAUCUGAGUGCCGCUAAGGAUAUCGUGAUGAAGUUCGUAGAGUCCCAGAAGAGGUCAACCCUUGUGUGGCGUCUUGAUGAGGAGGUUGACGCAGAAGACCUUAUUGAGUGCAUAUGGGACAGAAGAACGGUGAAGCGUGAUCCUGCUGCUUCCUUCGGCAAUGUAGUCCGUGCGCCAUGCCAGUAUGGUCUUACGGGUUACCGUCGGCGUCUAAGGGAUGCAGGGUUAAUGUUGAGGGUUGAACUUGAUGAUGGUAGAUUUGGUAGUAGCCGGCGUCAAGCUAUGCAUACUGGGGAUCCAUCGAAAGAUGCUGCGGCGAGUGGUCAUGUUGAGUUGAUUUUUGAGUGUUAUCCUGGAGAACUCGAAGGAGCUAAGAAAGUGAUGUAUAGCAUGAUGGAGGAAUGGAGGGAACAUAACUUCCGGUGCACUAUAUCGCUACGUUCGGAUCACUCGAAGCAGCUGUUGAAUCUUGGUCGGGGAGGACAGGGGCUGCAGAAGUUCCGCAGUUUCGCUAGGGAUAAAGGUGUGGAGAUUAGUAUCAGACGAGGUAACCCCGAGCACGUGCCAAGCUUAGAUGCUACUGACGAAGAGGUCGAUGAUGAUGAGGAGGAGAGUGGAUCUUGUCCCACCAUGGUCCUCUCGGGAGUAGAGGCUAGUGUGCUGGAGGUUGAACAGAACUGGAUCGACAGGUUGGAGAAGUUCAAGAGAGAGAACAAGACUUCCGAGUUGACGCUCUCGAUUGAGCAUUUGUUUGCCUUUGGGUUAACCGGUGUAACGCCAUCAUCACCGUCGACUUUGGAAGAUACUCCUACCAAGGAUUCUGAGGACAGGUACGAGACACUGUUGGUGAACUGUAGUCCUAAAUCGGUAGAGGACGCAACUAGGAGGCUCUUCAAGCAUGUCAGGUCGAGUCCUGGACCGGAAGAUGGGGAGAAUGGUCCGCUGUCGAAUACGGGUAGUGUCGACUUCACUAAGGAUGCUUAUGGGACUGUAACUCUGCACUUGCGGGGCACGGAGCAGUUCUUGGGCCGAAUGAAGGAUGCUGUGUCCCGCUUGUUGGACUCGUUCACAGCAAAGAAUGUUGUGAUGGGUAUCCCGGACACGGCAUUGACAACAUUGAGUGAGGAAGUAGUGGAACAGUUGCAUAACAGGUAUGAUGUUGAAGUUAGGGUUGUGAAGAACUCCUAUGAGGGUGAUUACGGUCACUAUCUGUUGGUAACGGGCGAGUCGAAGGAAACGGACAUUGGCAACUGUCACGAUGAGAUCAUUCGCAUCAUCAAUAAGCAGUAA